AGGGUUGAGUUGGAAGCAUGAAGGCAAGGUGAAGAGUGUGAAACAAACAAACGAGUGAGAGGAAGUCCCUUAUCCUUCGCCGUACCGGAGUAAAACAUAGAUGCAGCCCUGCCCCUGUGUCUUUGCUUUAGCACAGAGCCUGGAGCAAAUAAUCACAGCACAACCAGACAGAGAGAGAGAGAGAGAGAGAGACACAGAUAAUAGGAACACUUCGGAGCAUUUGACUGGAUAACAGGCUGUCGGAGAGGGAAUGCAUCUCAGAGGCUCAUCUUCAGGAAGCCUCCCGGCUAUGUAAGGACGUCUGUGGAUUUUUGUAAGGAUUCCUUAAUUAGGGAGGCAAGCAACUGUGGGAAUAUUGCUUUGGGAAGCCGGAAUACUGUGCCAUGAGUGGGAACAGGAGGCGGAAGGGGGAUUGCUGAAGCAUGGAGCAGGCAAAGGGGUGGAGAGAUGGGACCUCUUCAUCCAGUGAGAACCCUCGGCCAGUGGUCAGGAGCGGGGCAGAUGGGUUGGGCAUGUCCUGGCAGGGUCCACGUACACUGGUGCUCCAAAAGAACUCUCAGGGCUUUGGUUUUACGCUACGUCACUUCAUCGUUUACCCGCCAGAGUCUGCCCUGCACACCAGUUUCAAGGAUGAAGAAAAUGGGAAUGGAAAGGGGCUUCAUCGGAGUUGUCUGGAGCCCAUGGACACCAUCUUCGUUAAGAAUGUGAGGGAGAAAGGCCCGGCCCACCAGGCCGGCUUGUGUACAGGAGACAGGCUGGUUAAAGUAAAUGGAGAGAGUGUGCUGGGUAAAACGUACUCGCAGGUCAUUGCACUGAUUCAGAACAGUGAGAGUGUACUGGAGCUCUCCAUCAUGCCAAAGGACGAUGAUGUGCUGCAGCUGGCAUAUUCCCAUGAUGCCUACCUAAGAGGGAACAAUCCAUAUACAGGAAAGGCCCAAAAUCUUCCUCCACCACCCCCUGUUCUCUACCCUCCACGUACAAUAUCCCAGCCUCCUGCGGGGUACUCCCCCUCCCCUGCCCCAGCUUCCUCAUACAUGGGGCAAAACCAGCUGGACAACUGGAGCCGCUGGCACGGCUCUUCCUCUGGUCCUUCUCCGCCCCUUGACAACCGGACAGUCACUUCCAGCAACGCUGUCUGGGCAGCUGAGGGCAGGAACUGUGAGCCAGGAGGUGUUUGUCACAGUAGCCCUGCACACCGAACUGAGGAGAUCCAGUAUGGAAUGACUGACAGGGGACAAAUGAGAGGACGUUCACACUCAUCUUCUUCCUCUUCGGGAGGAAUUAUGAGCCCAUUGCAUCAUGCUCAUUUUGCCAACCACAAUGUGGGUACUGCCAUGGGGCACACUGGAGGCCGCAAGGGAAGCCCUUCUCAGCCAACAUCAACACCCCCAUCCAGCCGCAAAGAACACACCCAACAAGCCCUUUCCAACUGGUACUACAGCCAGGUACCAGGCCGCGAGCGAGAACGGGAGCGAUCUAGUUCUCGCUCCAUGCUCCCACGCCAUAGGAGUUUCUCACAGGACCGCCUGGGUGAGCUUGGUAGGGCCAGGCGGUCGCAGCAAGCAGGCUUUCCCCACAGUGCAUCACAAGACACAUUGCUACUGCUUCAGCAGAGCUCUGCAGCGUACGCUGAUCCCUACUGGAACCAAGGAGACUGGCGUGGCGAGCAUGCAUAUGGACAGCACCCAUCUGCGGUGGGCUAUGGGCGCAAUUCCUCCGAAAACCUUCUAGCAACCCGGUACGGACACUCGGGACGUUCACUGGAAACUCUCGACAGAGCUGUGGGGAUUCUCUCACCACGAGUUGAAAGAUCCACUUGGGUCCAGCAGCCCCCAAACAGAACUGAAGGAUAUCCGAGACGUGGUGGACAUUGUGGGCAACACGCAGAGUCACACCAACAAAAACAGUCCCACCAAACACAACACCACACACCCCAACACCAUCAACACACACCUCAGCAUCAAAACCUCACACAUACAGCAUACCAAUACUCAUCUCAGACUCCACAACCUCAGCAGGCAGCUCCACAGGCAAGACGUUUGCCUUCUUGCCAGAGUCUAGAUGAGGAGCCGAUUGGCUACCGUAGCUACAGCCCCUCUUUCAACCGCAAGACUGGCCGUAUCCUGCAGCAGGCCCACUCAUUUAGAGACCCCUCUUAUACAGGUCCACGCCUCUGGACUCCUACACCCAAAACCAGUCCCCCAGAGGGGCUUCCACCCUCGGCCGCUUCUUCCCCAGCCCCACCAACCACCUCCUCUACAACUGCUAUUCCCACACCCCCUGAAGGACAAGACAGAACUUACCGACCCACUAAUCAUGACAGAGGGGCAGGGGAACCAACAGGUGAAGCCCAGACACAGGAAGUAGUUCUGAGGCAGAAACCACCCACUGGCCGCAGGGGUGUGAACACCCAUCGACAUCCACAUUACGCCAUAGCACUUGACUCCAGUGACCCUCUACUCUUUACCUCUGACCCUACGGAGUCCCCUGCCAAAGCAGAAAGUGCUAUUUCUCAUCGCCGCACGAAUGGAAACCUGCCACCACUAUCCAUAGAUGAUGACUCCCUCGCGUCGAUUCCUUUUAUAGAUGAGCCGACCAGUCCAAGUGCAGAUCUGCGGGCACGUCAUGUCCCCGCCUCCUCCGUCGUGUCCAGUGGCGGUAUAAACUCUGCCCCUCCUGUGGCCACAAGCCCCGCCUCCCCAACCUUCACCUUUCCCCUCAACCGCCUUUUCUCCCACGGCAGCAGUGAUGCCAAGUCUAAUCGUCGUUCUUCUUACCUGCUGGCCAUCACCACUGAACGCUCCAAGUCAUGUGAUGAGGGGCUUAAUGUUUAUAGAGAAGAGGGGCGUGUCUUCUCGAGGCUUCCAAAAAGAGUCAAGAGCUUUUUUAUUGAAGGGUCUCUAGACAGUCUGGGUGCUGCUGAAGAGGCUCGCUCUAAACGACACUCUACCUCGGAGCUGGGCAGCAUCAGCUACAGUGACGUGAAGAGGGAAGGAUGGCUCCACUUCAAACAGAUCCACACUGAGAAGGGCAAGAAGGUGGGUAGUGCCAUCUGGCCUUGGAGGCGGGUGUUCUCCGUGCUUCGGUCCCAUUCCCUGUUCCUCUACAAAGACAAGCGAGAGGCAGUUCUCAAAGGGGCGGCGCUGGGAGGCGGGGUCGACGAUGAGCAGCCAAUCGGCAUCCGGGGCUGCCUUGUGGACAUAGCGUACAGCGAAACCAAGCGCAAGCACGCGCUGAGGUUGUCCACGCAGGACUUCUGUGAAUACCUGCUACAGGCGGAGGACAGAGAGGACAUGCUGGAGUGGAUCAGAGUCAUCAGAGAGAGCAGCAAGACUGACAAUGAGGAACUGGGUUUCCCAGGACAGGCUCUCAUAAGUAAGAAACUUAAUGACUACAGGAAGCAAAGUCCAACGGGUAAUAAACCAGACUCCUCACCCAGAGUGCAUCGAAUGGCAUUUCCACGUUCCCCAAAACACGAGGCCAAAGAUGAGAGCAGCCCCCCUAAAUCUCCUUGGGGCAUAAAUAUAAUGAAGAAGGCUAAGAAGGCAGGCCCUAAAGCCUUUGGGGUCCGUCUAGAGGACUGCCAGCCUGCUACCAAAAACAAGUUCAUCCCCCAGAUUGUGGAGGUCUGCUGCGGGCUGGUGGAGGAAAUGGGUCUGGAGUAUACGGGGAUCUACAGAGUCCCGGGAAACAAUGCAGUAGUGUCCUGUCUACAGGAGCAGCUCAACAAAGGAGUAGACAUCAACAUCGCUGAGGAGAGAUGGCAGGACCUGAAUGUGGUCAGCAGCCUGCUGAAGUCCUUCUUCCGUAAACUCCCAGAACCCCUCUUCACUGAUGACAAAUACAAUGACUUUAUUGAGGCCAAUCGGAUGGAGAGUGCCAGUGAUAGGUUAAGGACAAUGAAGAAACUGAUCCGUGAUCUGCCAGAUUAUUACUUCCACACUCUAAAAUUUCUAAUUGGACACCUAAAGACCGUGGCAGACCACUCUGAGAAGAACAAGAUGGAGCCACGUAAUUUGGCGCUGGUGUUUGGCCCCACUCUUGUCCGGACCUCAGAGGACAACAUGACAGACAUGGUCACCCACAUGCCUGACCGCUACAAAAUUGUCGAGACACUCAUUCAGCAUUAUGUCUGGUUUUUCGUUGAAGAACACGAAAAGGAUGAAAAGACACCUGUGGACACGGAGGAUGUUCAGCCCGCCCCAAACAUAGAUCACCUCCUCUCUAACAUUGGCCGGACAGGCCUGCUAGGGGAGGCGUCAGACUCAACCAACAGUGAUUCUGCAAAAUCUAAGGGGUCGUGGGGAUCCAAACGUGACUUUACUGCCAAGGAUAUCCUGACGUUAUCGAUUAUGUCGGCUGUGACCCGAAAGCGCCGGAAACGGCAUAACGGCCGUCUCGUCGGCAGCAGCACAGACGACGAUUCUGAGCACGAACCCAUUAAAUCCUGUGUCUCCGAAAAAGACGAUUUGCAAGAGAUGGGGCGGGUGGCAUCCUUCUGCGCUCCUCGAGCGGAGGGAGAGGAAGAUGAAGAAGAGGAGGAGGAAGAUGAGGAAGAGGAGGGUGAGAGACAGAAGGCACAGGAACAGAAAGAGGAAGUAGUUCCCAGCAUUUCCUCGACAGAGGAAGCGCCACCAGCUGUGCUGCUGAGCGAGGAGGAGGAGCAAAGGUCUGAAGUGAAAGGUCGCAGCUGGCGAGGAGAUGAUGCGCGGUCUAUUGUUUCGGGCUACUCUACUCUGUCCACUCUGGGGCGGAGCUUAGCAUCAGAGGGGCGGGGCGAUGAUGCAGAUGAUGAGCACAGUGAACUGGUGAGUGAAACCGACAACGAAAGCGGAUUCGCCUCGCGCUCCCUCACCCAAGAGAGGCCGGAAAAACCGACCCGUUCCGAUCAAAACUCACACGCCUCACCCGAACCGACCGCGCCACGCAGUUUCCUCUAUGCGCACUGCAAAUCCCAGACGCCCUCUGGCUCCACCCUCGCUCCGCCUCCUCCUUCCCUCCACAUCACUACCAACCCCGAAGACCAAGCGAACGAUGUCGCAGCACGUUCAUCCACUCCCUCAACCUCCUCUCACUCAUCAUCCGCCUCCCAGCGCCUCCACAGCCGCAACUCUUUUAACUCCCACCGCCUCAUACAGUGCGACACCCUCGCACGGCGUCGGCUAAAGUCAGACAAAGCCAAAGCGUCCUCGUUGGACCUGUCAGAACUGUCAAGCUCCUCCGCCAUGGAGGGAGAACGCCAGUCAGGUGCAAAUCAAAUCCCUGAUUCCUCUCCGUCUCCUCCACCAAAAGCCAAAUCCUCCAAAGAGGUUAGCGUGAGAAAAGAGUGUACGCCAACAUCCUUGGCCGGUCUUGGAAGUAAGAGCUGCUUGUUGUCCCCUGGGCAGGGUUCCCUGGCGGAUCAGGUACGGGCUCGGCUGAUGGGCUCAGCGGAUGACCUGCGCAGCGUCGGCCUGAGGAAGCAGCUCUCGCCUGAGACGCGCAGAAAGAGACGUGCGUGGAGGAGGCACACAGUGGUGGUCUCCCCUACAGAUUGUUCAGGAAAAAAAACGCCGGCGCUACCCCUCAAACCGCUAACUUCACCCUCCCCUGUUGAAAAGCUGGACGUUGGAGAGUCCCACCCAGAGUGCUCAGAGACUGAAGCCCCUAUUGCACGUCGGGCCCUGCCUGCCUCGCGUUUCCGUGAUUUCUUGUAGCAGUGAUGGUGUGUACAGGCUAGUGAACCAAGAGAGUUGGAUUUGUGUUGUGUUGUAGCUGCGUCCUCCGUAUGUUUGAUAUGAGUUCACACUGACAGCGAUUAAUAUCAUUGUAGAGUACUUUUGGUCGGUAGACGUUCAUACUCACUGCAGUGUCAAACUGGACCAGGUGGCAAAUGAUGUGAUCGUUUCAGAACCAUUCAGAAUUGAACUGAGCAUUCUUUAAACUUCCAGUUCAGUUUUUGAAUUGGCAUUGAAUUUGAAUUGAGGUAGCAAACAGGAUGCCCAAUUGAAAUUCGAAUUUAAUAAAUUGGAAUUAAAAUGAGCUGAAAUUUAAAUAAAACUGCAAUAAGGGGGUUUACAGACCCGUCAAUUGUUUGCUUCUGAAACAGGGAUGUUCAAUGUUACAUUUCUCCCUUGGUUCGUUUUCACAAAGAACAUUUUUAUGCAAUUGAAUAUUUUUACGUUUAUGAAAGUCACACCUGGUUCGAAGAAGAACAAUGACAUUUUUAAAUGAA